UUUGCUUUAUUUUAACAAAACGAUCACUGUAAUGGUGUUCUCUAUUUAAUUCAAAUAACUUUCCAUAUUCUACCUAUAUAGGGUUAAUUAUUUCCUCUUAAAAAAAAAAGUCCAAAAAUUGCAUAGUGUGCUAGACUGAAUUUCAUUCAGACAGGUGAAUGUCUUGGUAUUGCUACUGACUGCCAACAAAAACGGUAACUUUAGGUAUGCUUGUGGGACUUAUGUUUUAACCCUAAAAUGCAAGGGUCAAAAAGCAGGCUUCUUAUUCGAAUAUGUAUAGUUUGAAGAAUCCCAGUUUUAAUAUACAGGGAGAAAUAUGUUAUUAUGUACACACUUUAUAUCUAACUGAAAAAUCUGAAGGCACUUAGUAAAAUUUUCUAUAUUUCCCUAUGAGAUAGGUAAAAUACAUAACAUCCAGGGUUUACAUCACUUUGCAAAAAAUGUAGCUGCCUUAGGUAUUCAAGAGUUGUCUUUAUUUAUGAAACUAGUAUGCAGCCCCAUUUGUGUUACAUUUGAAGAACUCCCUGUAUCACAGAAAUGCCAGGAACGGCAGUGGAAAAGCUGGUGGUAAAGGAGUGACAAGGUAAGGGAGAUUAUUCACAAAGUUAAGUUUCAGGAUUUAACUGGGUGGCACUUUAUGAACUGUCUGUUAUGAAGCCUCUGUAACCUCUGAGGACCUUGGGGCUCCCUGUUCUUCUGGAAUAUUACAUGACAAGUAGUCACAGCUCUACUUCACCUUGCCCCCAAUUCACCUUAGCAGCAUAUGUCUCUAAGGAUUCAGUUUCACCACAUAGGGUAAGCAGAAAUAGCAGCUUACUGUCAUUGAAAGGGGGAAAUACAGGUCCCUCAUCUCAGCCCUCCCGUUCUGGCUGUGUAGUUGUGCUUCUUCUACUACUGUUAGCAGUUGUUGGAUUCCUCUGAAAGCCAAUUUAUCCCACAACAGGAAAAUAAAAGGCAUUGAGAAAAAGAAAAAAAAAAAGGUAGCUCUUUUUUUUUUUUGACUACGUUAGUAACUGGUGUGUUACAAUAAGUGAAACCAUAGACUGAAAUAUUUGAUGCCAGGUAUCAGCUGCCCACUCUAUAUGUUUCAGGGUAUUUCAAGUCCUAUCCUGUAGAGUGAAUGCCUGUUGGGUGUUCAGGUCAGGGUGUGUUAGGUAUGCUUUUGGAGUACGUAUUUCAUGUGAGCUCUGUCUGAAACUGUCCGGUUUGUGUGCUUUAAGACUGCUCUGUGAUGCAGACCAAGUGGGGACAGUCAGGCAAUUAGUUCCCAAAGAACACCUCUAACCUAAGCUGAAACAUAAAUAGAGACAUAGCCUUAGUGAACUGAAUCAGCUCUGCAGGGGAAGGGUACGUAUGGAAAGCUAAAAAGAGGGGGGGAAUGACCUUCUGUCCUUAAGGCAGCAGGGAGCUGGAUGUCAGCUCAGCUCUGAGCAUGGACAGUGUAACUGCUCAGAUAUUGUCCAAAUCUGACUUCUUAGCAUCCACCUUUUGAACAGCUUAAUGCUAGCUCUGGUUCACUUAAAAAAAGCUGAGAGGUUUAUAGCUGAAAGCUGCAUGCUGUGCAAGGCAUGAGGGCGUUAGCUAAAACUUGACUUCUCUUACUAGCUGCAGGGUGAAAGUGUCCAUUCAAGAAAACGGUGCAGGUGAGCAAAGAUACCUGAUUUGCAAACAAGUGAACACAUUUCAUUCAUGAAUAGGUGCAAGUUUUGGGCACGGACGUGGUUAGCUGUGUUUGAUCUGAUCAUGCAUACACAAAAAAUCAGUCCUAAAAGAAUACAUGCCACACCACACUUUUUGAAAACUACACAGAGUGACUCUCAGAUAGUGGAAUCGGUGAAGGCUAAGCUCCCAAAUGGAAAUCCAUGGCCAAGAUUUUAAACAAGUAGUAUCAUAAACACCAAAGCUGAUGAAGCAUGAUCUGAUGUUUUCUGAUGUUUUCUGCCUUGUAUUGAUAACUACACCUUUGUAGUGAAAUCUUUCAGUCAUCUCAUUUCAAUCUCUCAUUUAUAGAAAUAAACGGGUAUCUUCAAUGAAGGUAAAGCAGAGCCUCCUUCUUCUGCCUAUUUUCAUAAAAGGUGACUUAAAGAUGGAUUCUCCCAAAGAACCUCAGCCUAUAGGAGAGUUCAAAUGUCAGCUAUGUGGCUUAACAGCUCCAUACAUGUACUAUGGGCAGAAACCACCAAACACACGCUCUAUCGAGCUUUUGGAAGACUGUUAUGUCAUGAAGGAUCCUUUCACACCUGACAAGGGAAAAAUCCUCAUCAUUGGGUCUCUGUGCAGUUUGUGUGGCCGAUCAGUGUGCAUUGGUACAGAAUGUAGUCUGUUCUAUUCCAAAAGGUUCUGUCUCCCCUGCAUGAAUGAAAACCUACAGGCUUUUCCUUUGGAAAUACAAGAAGAUAUGGAUAAAAGAAAGCCCCAGCAAAAAUCCUUCCCUGGUAAAAAGAUGGAUACAAGAACAUAAGUACUGAAGGACAAGAGAGAGAGACAGUUCUGUGGCUUUCUGCUCGCUCCUUUUUAAGACUAUCAUGUUGCUCCUUUUAAAGAAGUGACCUUUAUCAGCUCACUACUACAGAAAACAGUGACAAAUUUCCUUACAACUGGCUUGGCUUCAAGCAUCAUCAUGCGAUAGUUGGAGCACCAGCAGUAAUGCCUUUAGGUGUUGAAAAGUUAAAAAGAAAGGCAGACAAGCCUGCUGUCACACGUCAAAUGCAUGUAGUAAAAAACUAAACAGUGUUAAAGUAUAGGAACUAUGUCCAAAUUUCUCAUUUGUUAUUUUACUGUUUUGUGUUGUUCUUGACACUCCUACAGUGUUAUGAAAAAUCAGAGAGAUUUAUCCAGCUUAAUUUGGUAUAUGUCCGAGAAAGUUAGUAUAUACUAAGUGUUCACCUGACAGUGCUAGCUUGUUAAGAUUACAGUAGCAAAGGAAUUCAAAGCUUUAUUUUUAAGUCUAAAAUAAAACUGUUGGGAGAAAAUAUCAUAGAUACCCACAGAAAUGCCUAGAUUCAAGAUCCUAAUCUCAAUAAUAUCACAGCAUUAAGACUUCUGAUGGUAAGAGCAUUUAUAAUGUAAUAAAAAAUUUUUAAAUGUGAUGCAAGUCUGCAGUCACUUUCUACUCAAUCUUCCAGCCUAUGUCUGCAUAGCAAUAGGAGAUGUUAAGGACCCUUAUUAUGUCUAGCUUAAUCUGCAAAUAGAAAGGUUCAGCUCCUAAGCUCAAUUCUUUCCUAAACUGGGCAAUUGAACAGCUACAAUAGGGAUCUGAACAACAGUUUCAGUCAAAAAAAAAAAAAAAAAAAAAAGAAAAAGCAUAAAAAAAAUAGGGAAAAAGCAAUUUGUUUAGUUUAAAUAUUAGUUUCAUGAUUACCUGUGUUGACAUUGACUUAAUUACAAGGAAAAUUUAAAUUUAAAACUGUAUAAAAAGCAAUCAACAUAAUGAGAUAUUUUAAGUUAUUUAAGACUUUCUAAUGUCCUAAAAUCCUUCAUUCUGUUUUUACUAUGCCCAGGAUAUUGGUUUCCCCUGUUGGAGAUUGGAAUUUCUUGCAGUUACGAAGACUAGUAACGAUGGACCUAUUAGUACAUUAUUCAAGCUCUGGUUGCUCUAAGACAUAACAUGUGCGUCAUUAAUUGCCUUAAAAAGUUACAUGUUAGAACUUAAUAUUUAAGAGUCCUUUCUGUAUUAUUCUUUCAAAGAAAGUGAUAUAAAACUUACUUAAAAU